AUGGCAAUGCUAAAGCAUGUAAACAUAAGCAUGCCCUUCGUGGAGGCAUUAUCGAAGAUGCCCAAGUAUGCCAAGUUCAUGAAGGAUCUCCUCACCAACAAGAGGAAGCUUGGGGAGCUGUCAACGGUGAUGCUCAACGAGGAGUGUUCUGCCAUCCUGCAGAACAAACUACCAGAGAAGCGAAAAGACCCACGGAGUUUUACUAUCCCUUGCAUGAUUGGUAGUUUUCAUAUAGGGAAGUCCUUGACAGAUUUAGGUGCUAGCAUAAAUGUCAUUCCAUAUAAACUGUUUAAAAAGCUAGGCCUAGGUGAACCCAGUGAUACUAGGAUGAGCAUUAAACUUGCUGAUAGAUCCAUUGUGCAUCCUAGGGUCAUUGUAGAGGACUUGAUAGUCGCAGUAGGGCCAUUCUCAUAUCCAGUUGAUUUUGUAAUUUUGGACAUAAAUGAGGAUGUGGAUGUGCCAUUAAUAUUGGGUAGACCUUUUCUCGCCACCGCCAAGGCGCUCAUUGAUGUGAAUGAUGGGAAAUUGAUUUUGCGAGCUGGGGGUGAACAAAUCACCUUCUCUGUUUCUGAUAAUAUUAAACACCCCCAGCUCUAUGAUUAUCUAGACUACUGUGAUGUUAUUGCUGAUUUUGAGACCACACUCGCCAUCACGAGUGUGAGUACUGACGAUUUUCUCGAGCGUUGUCUUUUGCUAGGGGAACAGGCAUCACAGGACAUGCGGCUGGAGGAGCAGCUUGCGGAGCUAGACAAUGCCGCGAUCGAUGGGCUAGAGAUACCAUUCAAGCCGAUCCCUAUCUCGCCCCGUAUCGCUACAUCAUUAGAGGAGCCACCAGAGCUAGAGCUUAAGCCCCUCCCCUCUCCCCUGGAGUACGCAUUUCUCCGGGAGGGGAAUAAGCUCCCGGUCAUUAUCAGCUCGAAUCUGACACUCGAGCAGAAGAGCAGGCUGAUGGCUCUGCUGUAG